GCGGGCGGGGGGACGGACGGGACGGGACGGGACAGUACGGGACAGUGCCUCUUCCCCGCAGCGCCGGGACUGCGGCGCCGAGGCUCCCGGCUAGCAGCAGCCCGGCCAUGGCUCUCAGCUCCGAGCGACUCUUCGACUCGCUGGGACACUUCGGCAGAUUUCAAGCAUGUGUUUAUUUUGCAUCUGUCUUUCAAGCUAUGUCAUGUGGUAUCCAUUACUUAGCAUCUGUGUUCAUGGCUGUUACUCCUAACUUUGUAUGUGGGUUCCCUGGAAAUGUGAGUAAUAUUCUUUUCCACAACUCCUCUGCAUCAAGUAUACAGGACAUCUGGACACUAUGGACAUCAACAGAAAAUUAUGUUGUAGUCCAGCUGGAAAAUGGAGAAAUUUGGGAAAUUAAUCAAUGCAGCAGAUCCAAACGAGAAGUCAGUUUGGAUCUGGCAUAUGAAUACAAAGGCAACAAGUCUGUAUUUUCGUGUUCUGAUGGAUUUCUCUAUGAUGAUACAAAGUGGAAGAGCACUGUUGUUACGCAGUGGGAUCUGGUCUGUGACCGAGAAUGGCUUGCAAAAUUAAUCCAGCCUACAUUCAUGCUUGGAGUCUUGAUUGGAGCAGUGAUUUUUGGUGACAUCGCUGACAGGCUGGGAAGACAGCGUGUUAUAUGGUUCACAAGUGCUGGUCAGUUUGUAUUUGGCAUUGCAGUGGCUUUCACAUUUGACUACUACAGUUUUGUGACUGUGCGCUUUCUCCUUGCUAUGGUUUCAAGUGGCUAUCUGGUUGUGGCUUUUGUUUAUGUGACUGAAUUUGUUGGCAUUAAAGCACGAACCUGGGCUUCUAUGCAUGUCCAUGCUUUUUUUGCUAUGGGAAUUAUGAUUGUGGCACUCGUGGGAUUUCUGGUUCGGACCUGGUGGGUCUAUCAGAUAUUUCUCUCCAUAGCAACUGUUCCCUUUGUCUUGUGCUGCUGGAUGCUCCCAGAAACGCCUUUUUGGCUCCUGUCAGAGGAAAGAUAUGAAGAUGCACAAAAAGUGAUUAAUACAAUGGCAAGAUGGAAUAAAGUAAACACUCCCUGCAAAGUUUCUGAACUGUGCUCAGUCCAACAAGAUGAUCCAGUCAGUGGCAGAAUGGGUGAAAAUGACAUGUCCUCAACAAAGAAGCACAACAUCUUAGACCUGUUCUGUAACUGGCAAAUUGCAAGAAGGACCAUCACAGUCUGGCUGAUCUGGUUCACUGGGAGCUUAGGGUACUACGUCUUCUCCCUCAGUUCUGUCAGUCUAGGAGGCAACGAGUAUUUAAAUCUCUUUCUCAUAGGUGCUGUGGAGUUGCCUUGCUAUAUCAUUGCUUGCGUUGCGAUGGACAAACUGGGAAGGAGAAACACACUCAUUCCGUUCCUUAUUUUAAGUGCACUGAUCUGUGUUUUAAUUAUGUUCAUACCUCAGGACUUCAGUAUAUUAAUUAUUUUAGCAAAUAUGGCUGGAAAAUUUUCAAUAGGUGUGGCAUUUGGCCUUAUAUAUCUCUACACAGCAGAACUGUACCCAACAAUUGUAAGAUCACUUGCUGUUGGAAGUGGAAGCAUGAUGUGCCGUGUAGGAAGUGUGGUUGCUCCUUUCUGUGUAUAUCUGAGAAGUGUUUGGAUUUUCAUGCCACUUUUGCUUGUUGGAAUCAUGGCUCUUCUGAGUGGAAUAUUAACCAUAAUGCUUCCAGAAACACUGGGAAAACCAUUGACUAACACAUUGGUGGAAGCUACAGAAAUGGGAAGAAACAAGAAAAGCUGUUCAGGAAAGACUCCUCCAGCACAUGGUGGUGCAACAUUAGAAAAGAUAGAGAUGUUUGGUCAAGAAACAGUCAGCACUGAGAAAUAAAGCACCAGCAAAAUGGCUGUUCCCAAUUUUAAUCAUUCUCUAAUUUAUAAGAUCUUUGUAUUCAAGAAAUGUGACUGUUCUAUAAUAUCUGUGCCUUCUACUUUGUAUCCAGUCUUGCCUUUUCAAUAGAGCAAGACUAUGAAACCUUUUCCAUGGGACUGAGUUACUGCAGAAAAUUUGAUAGGAUUUCUAGAUCCCUUGUCAAACUUACCCAGACUUUAAAAAAUCUGACUUGCUGUGACCAGUUGGAAUGAUUACUUUAAAUGUCAGAAACUACCUGAUUACAUACAUAUAUAUAAAAGUAUGUCAAUCCUUUGCUUCACAUUUUCUGCAGUUAGAAUUGUAAACCUACCAUGAAGUGCCCUCUCUGGUCUCAUUGUGUUGCAGCUGACAGUUAGAGGCUUAAGACUUCAAAGCACAGUAAACUCAGUUAUAAUUCAAGAGAGAAGCCUUAAUGUUGAAUUGAGUCAUAUCAAUACUUUUAAAGUUAAACUAAUUUAUUAUUUUUUUUUUUCAAAUUUUCUACUAGAAAUGGUACCAUUGCUAACAGAGGAAAGUAUUCUAUGGCACAGCUUCUGACUGAAAAAAUAAUACUAAGUUUGCAAAAUGUGCAAAUAGCUUGUAUAUUCAUUCUGUUGAAUGGCAAUUGUAUUUUUAUUAGUGGUUUAAAAAAAAAGUGUUCACUGGAUCUACUGCUGUCAUAGUUUAGGUAAAACUAAACUCCCUGAUCCCUUUAAAAGUUGUAGUCAUUCCAGACCGUUAUUUUAAUGCUCCCCUUCUCACUUAUUUCAGCUCAGAUCUAGCCUCAGAUUUUUUAUAACUUUUAAGAGCUACACUAGCAACUUUACCAAAUGCCUCCAUCAAGGUCUUCACAGUCUUCAGUGCAGAGAGCUCUUACUCAGGUUCUCUGCACAGAAGUGGACUUAGUUAUUAAUGAAUUUUUAGUAGACACGGUUUCCACACAGCUAUCUGUAGCUCAUUUUUUCCUUAUUAUACCACACAAAAUCAGUUAGAAAAAUAUAAUCUAAAAAAUGGUAGCUGGAGGACACUGAUCAAUAGAAGAGUUACCAGUUACUCUAGUAGUUUUAGUCAAAGUGUCUGUAAACAUCCCACUGUUGCUACACCUCAGGUGUGCAUGAACACUUACUUGUUAGUGCAGUGUUUCUGCCUUAUGACUGUGGACCAUAGAAAACUGAUAGAUAGGAACGCAUCACUCUGGUUGCUACUUCUAUUGUUUUCUCUCCCACCUCCCCCUCUUCAGUCUACCUCCAGUCCUGGGGGUUCUUCCUUGCCUGAGGAUCUAUAUCCUCUUUGUUUGACCAUCCUUGGUUUGAGGGGAGCAGCACACCAGCUGUCUGCGUGUUGAGGCUGAGACAGCCCUCUCUUAUCUGGGCUGUGUGAACUUGGUCCCCUUUGGUUUGAAAUCAGGUUUUUUUGCAUCUUAGGGACCUACUCUCAUGUCACAAUCUCAUCAAAAAAAGUCUUUGUUUACUUCUUUGCCAUGUACCCAAAAAUAAGGUAUCUGUAUUACUACAGAUAAAUAUUCUGUAUGCUGUAGAAAUUAAUGGCCAUAUUUUUCAAUUAUAUCUGCACAAUCAUUAGUUUCAAUGACUUCUGAAACCAGAAUAAUGGUUUAUAUCCCCUUAUAAAAGAUUUUAUUCUUCACUGCACUGUCCUAGAUUAUCAAGUAGCAUUUUGGUCCUGGUAUUAGAACAAAAUAAUACCCUAUAUAAGGAUUAACAUGCUUUGAAGCAAGCAAAAUUCAGUCAGUUUAAGUUCAGAGAGUUUCUAUGAGAUAAUUAUAUAGAAAGCAUAGAAAAGAAUCCUUAUGCUCCCUACAGUUCUGUGGGUGUUCCAAUCUUUGCAGAGAAAUCCUCCAAGAAGACCUGCACAGAAUACUCUGGCUUAUGUCCAGAUAUGUUAGUUCAGCAAAAGCACUUACCCUUACCCCGUGAGUAAUCCCAUCAUUAUUCAGAGAACGACUUGAACACAUACUUUGUUGACUGAAGACCGGAUUACUCACAUGCUGUGGUUUUUCAUUUUGCUGAAGAGCAGACCUAGUAUUCUUCCACUGCUUUCAGAUCUCCCUCCACUUAUCAGAGCAGAACAGUAGAUCUUUAUCUGCAAGAUCUAUUGCCAAACCCUGCAUGCCCUGCCUUAUAUAAGGGUUUAACCAUGCUAAAAAAGAAAACAUCAUGCAAUACACCUAACAAGGAAUUAAACUGGUACUAUCUUCCAUUACAGCCACCCUUCUCACAAACAGAGCUCCAAGUUGUUUCCUUAUUUUAGGGUUCUUUCACAUGGAUACUCCCUCUUUUGAUAGUACAUCUAUUUUAAAACUCACUAGUCAUGAGUUUUGGGAGCACUACAGUCUAAUUCUAACAAGGUACUGAUGAACAAUUAUUUUUUCUACUUCCUUACUUGCCAAAUAACUGGCAAGUAAGGUGUUACCCUGGUACGAACAGUCAAUGCAUGUUCUGUGUUCCUUUGGCUUGAGGGAUUCAGGACCUGGUGAUCUGUAAUCAGUAUACAUAAGGUAAAGAAAAGAAACAGAAAAAUCUUAAAUGCACAAUGAUACUGAUACUGUUUACAAACUAAACUGUAAUUAUAUUUCUAGACCACAAUGUUGGCUGGUGGCUUUUAAGACCAAAACCCAGUUCCUUCCGGCACUGAAGUCAGUUGGUAUUUGGUCUUUGAUUCAAAUGACACCUAAAUUUCCCUGAACUAAUGAUGUUACUGUUUUUCCUUGGAAAUAAAAAGUUUGUUGAUCUACAGGUA